UACAACUGUACAAUUGUACGAUUUUACUAUUUAUUACCUGCAGCUUGAUGUUAAAAGAUAUUCAUCAUCAAGGACAUCAUUCAAACUCUAAAGAUGGAUGUGUCCUCAAAUUGGGAAGUUGACUUAAUCACUCCACUCUGUGCUUUGGACAACCCUCCUUCCCCCCCUGAGCUGAGAGAUAAAGAUAGCUUUCAUGUCUUUAUCAGCUACAGCAGCUGUGAUUCACAAUGGACCCAAAGCCUCAUCACCUGGCUGGAAUCAUCUCAGUGUGGUCUACUGACCUGCUAUCAUGAGAGAGACUUUGUUCCAGGCUGCAGCAUCCUGGACAACAUGACAAACUGCAUUCAGAAAAGUCAGAAAGUGCUCCUUGUCCUCAGUCAGGACUUUGUGAGGAGUCGCUGGUGUCUGCUGGAGGCCAACCUGUCCCUGUUUCGAGACUGUCUGGAGUGCAAGCCUUUGGUUCCAGUGCUACUGGAACCUGACAUCACCAUCCCUAUCUACCUAUGCCACAUAACAUACCUGGACGCCAAAGACCCAGAGUUCCACAGUAAACUGUUAAAAGUACUCUGCACCCCCAAUAACCAGCUGCAAGGUUCCAGUGUGGUGCCUUUCCAGCCACCCUCGGUCUACAAUGGCAAAGCUCUGCCGCCUCUCACAUCUGUGAAUGAGGAGGGCCUUCACAGGUGGGAGGCAGGUGUGUUCAGUGACCAAGGAGUCCCAGAGCAGCUGCGCUUAGUGGUGCAGAAUGAGGAGAGGUACAUUGCAGCUAUCAGGAUGGUUAACAGUGUCUCUCAAACAAAGGUCUGGGUCCGGUCUUUGGGCUUUAGGCUAUUGUUAUAUUUUCUUGGAAUAGCAUUUAUUUUAUGUUUAAGCUUCCCAAUAACUAUUUGUAUUGGAAAAUAUGGUCCAUCAGCAGCAAUUUACAUUUCCGCUCAAUUGGCUUUUAUCUAUAGACUAUGUUUUUUGCACAUAGACAAUGAUAAGUAUUUAACGCAUGAAAUGCAGAAGUGCACUGGCAAAGCUAAUGUUUCUCUUUCUGAUGAGAAGAUUCUAAUAGGCUGUCAGUCACGAACCAAACUGUACUUCGUGUAUGUAUCUUUGGAUGGAUGCAAGCUCAUGUUCAAUGAGACUUACCAGUCAGCCCUUGCUGAGGAGAUGUUCCAAAGGGCCUUGCUCCACUUCUCUUCAGGAUAUGCCUGCUGUUUAGCCAAAAUGCACUUCCCGUUCGACAUUUCCAGCUCAAAUGGCCACUUGGAAGGUGGCGUGUGCUUCUGUCAGUAUGUCUCUCAACAGCUGAAGAACGACAGGUGGUCAUAGGAUUCCAACUACGCUUAAAGGAAUUCUGUGACAUGCUCUUGCAAGACCUGUGGAUGUCAGACCAAAUGGCUGCUUUGAUGCAUUGCACUGUUAAUAUAAUAUAUUUCUAGCUUGAUUGAUUCAGCCCUUGCUUUGCUGCACACACUAGGGUUGUGAUACAGGCCCAUCAAGAAGUCAUGCGAAAUUGACCUCACCUCACUGAACUAGAAAUGGAUGCAAAACACUUUUCCAGCUGGGAAAAAGGCUGAGUGAAAAUCCUCAGUAAGUGGCACACAAUGGAGCUAAAUGGACAAAGGAUUUAUCUAAUCAUGUCUCUGGUGUUUCUCUUUCCAGAAAAUACAAAGCUCAUUAAAAUUAUUUAGAAAGGGAGCAAAGGGAUUCAGUGAUGGAAGGUAUAUAUAUAUAUAUAUAUGUAAGCAGGUUCGGUCGACCAACGUGAGACAAUAAAGAGUCAAGUGUCAAAAAUGUUUACAAUUUAUUUGAAACCAAGCUCAUGGGAGAAGGAAGGAGGAGUCAGAGGUUGCC